UUUUCGCUCCCCGACGGAGCAAGUCGUUCCUCACAGCUCGCUUCUUCUUCUUCACGCUGAUCGAGCGUUUAGCAUCUACGAACAAUGGAGAAGCUGAGGAGAGUAGUGACCGAAAUCGCGUACUCGCGAGAUCACUCGAAGCUCCCUUCGCUUCACCGCUCUCUCCUUCCUUUUCUGUCCCUCGCUUCCGCCGUGUACGGCCUCGCUCUCUCUCUCCGACACCAUCUCUACCACUUCCGCCUCUUUUCCAAGCACCGAUUGCCGGUGCCGGUGAUAAGCGUAGGAAAUUUGACUUGGGGAGGCAAUGGGAAGACGCCGAUGGUUGAGUUCAUUGCAGCUUUACUAGCUGAUUCUGGCAUUUCGCCACUUAUUCUCACCAGGGGUUAUGCUGGUGGAGAUGAAGCUAGAAUGCUUCAAAGGCGUCUCAUUGGGAAGUCGGCAAAUGUUGGUGUCGGCACUAAUCGUGCAGCAACUGCUGCUGCUUUCAUUGAACAGUAUGGUUACCGUGACCCUCGUACCCGUGAAUGUCUCAAGGGAGACUCUAAUGACCAGAAACUGGGGGAAAAGGCUGGGAGCUAUGGUCAGAUUCGUUCCAAUCACAGCUGUGAGGAAAUUGGUGCUGCAAUUCUGGAUGACGGAAUGCAGCACUGGCAACUGUCGCGUGAUCUGGAUAUAGUGAUGGUUAAUGGGUUAUGCCCAUGGGGAAAUCAUCAGUUACUUCCACUCGGACCUCUGCGAGAACCUUUAACAGCACUUUGGAGAGCAAAUAUUGCUGUUAUACAUAACGCAGAUCUGGUGCCUGAGCAAACUCUCGCGAGCAUUGAGUCUGCUAUUCGAGAAGUUAACAAAUCUAUAGGAGUUUUCUUCACCAGCAUGGCUCCAUCAUACUUCUUUGAUGUAGGGAACAUGAAUUCUGUCAUACCUCUAGAGGCAGUGUCCAACAAUGUUGUAUUAUGUGUCUCUGCGAUUGGUUCUGCAGAUGCUUUUGUCAAGAGCGUUGAAAAGCUUGGAGCUAUUCACAUUGAGCGGUUGGACUUCAGCGACCAUCACUUAUUUCAGACCAUGGAAAUUGAGAUGAUAAAGAAGCAGCUUGAGGACUUGGAGACCAAAUUUAGUUCCAAGCCAAUCGUCAUCGUUACAGAAAAGGAUUAUGAUCGAGAUCCAGAGAUUUUGAAGCAUCUAAGUCCUUACAAAUCUUGGGCGCUCUCUGCUAAGUUGCAGUUUGUACCUCACAAAGGAUGCAGUGGAAUUUGCUUCAAGAAUUUGUUGGAGGAACUACUACAAGUAAAAUUAUCAGAUGUACCCCAUAUUUAAAGCUUGUGCCAUGUGUAAUAUGACGGGCGUAUUUUUCCACCGGCCCGCAUUCAGGUUUCCAAUGCUUUCUUCAUCUAGACAAAUAUGGUGGAGAUGGAUGCUCUGAUAGGAGCAAUGCUGCUAAUCACAUGAUCUGAGUCUGAACAUCCUCGGACUAUGCAAAAGGCCAAUCAUCCAAGGACCUUCCUGUUCCUACAUCCUUCACCCAAAUCCGUCUCGAUCCAUAUUUCUAAAAAAGGUUGAAGAAUCAUUGCCGCAUGAAGUUAAAAUGUUUGCAGUGGUUGCAGGAAGAACUGCUUCUUCAACAAAGGAACCAGAGAAAAAUCCGAAUAUCUUCAUGAAAUUCCGGGCAUUUACACAAUAGAGGAUGGUGAAUUGUCUUUGCUUUUAUUAUUGUCGAAGUUACAGGAAUCAAGCCUGACAGAAUACCUUCAUUUUGAAGAUGGUGGCAUUCGGAGAACAGCAAUGGACGAUGAAAAUGCAAAAACACUGAAGCCGACCAAAUGUACAUGUCAGCUUCGGGUGCUGUCGAAACCCCGUUUCUUCGUCAUCGUCGAA